ACUCAGCCUAGUAAACGAAACUAGGUACUUUACCACCAACAUUCUUUCUCCCACCGUCUUUUAUUAUAACCAAUAUUAAAAAACUGUCUAGAGGGAUCAACCUUGCAGUCCAGCCUUCAAUCUUUUUGAGGCCUACAUCAAAACGAGGACUAAUAACGCCACAAUUUUACCAGACUUGUGGUCGUCAACAUACUCAAACUCUCCAAUGUGACCAUGCUUCUUCAUAAUAAGGAGGAAUUUGAUUAUCACUUUUGAGGAUGGCUUGAUCAUGACCUGGCGUUUCCCACACUUCUCAGCAUCGUACAUGCUCUUAAGAGCAUCAUUCAAAACACUAACUCGCACCAUUGUUACGUAAAGGAAGCUUUCUCAUACGUCUGCAGAAGACGAGGUGGGCGGAAUGGGCUUCUCCGUAGGCUUAUGCUAAGAUAACAGACCACGUGAAAUGCGAAGAAGGUGGGCGGAAUGGGUUUCUCUGUAGGCUUAUGCGAAGACGAAGACCACGUGAAAUGCGAAGAAGGUGGGCGGAAUGGGUUUCUCUGAAGAUGAAAUGCGAAGUCGAAAUGGGUUUCUCUGAAGAUGAAAUGCGAAGUAAAAAUGGGUUUCUCUGGCUUUUUGACAAAGCUUGAAGACUACGAAAUGGAGGGACAAUAUGCGAAGUCUAAAUGGGUCUCGAAAUGGAUUUUUCUGGCUUUUUGACGAAGCUUGAAGAUGAUGAAAUGGAGAGACAAUACAGGAGAUGAGUGGGGGAAUGGAGAUAGUCCUGUCAAGAAAUGGAGCGGGAGACUCUGGACUAGAAGGAAUCAUUUUAUCUUCAAGAAUCAGUUCAUUAGGCCAUCACUAGUGCUCAAGUUAGCUGCUUCUGAUAUAGAUUUGUUCAAAGUUGUAAGUACAGAUGCAAGUGGAAGGGAAGAGAAUGGUGCUGGUAGUCAUGAUUCUACUUUUGUUGCAAGCUAUACAACUGGAGCUGGAAGAGUAUGGAAGGCUCCUGCCCCCGGGUGGAUGAAAGUUAAUCUAGAUGCUGGUUUUGACAAGAUACAGCAGCAUAUGGGCCUUGGUAUAGUCAUUAGAGAUUGCUUAGGUGAUGUACAAAUGGUGCUUUCUGCUCCUAGAUCAUGUGUUCCUUUUGCAUACCUAGAUGAGUGCUAUGCAUUAUUAAGGGCUGUAACUUUGUGUCAUGAACUGGGUUUUGAACCUGUUAAAUAUGAAAGUGAUGCUAAGAUGGUUGUAGAAGCAAUCAAUGCAGAUAACUCAGAUUUUUUAUGGUUAGGACAGAUAAUUGAAGACAUAAGGCAUAUUAUGGCUUGGCAUCCAACUUGGAAACUUUCAUUAAGGGAAGAAACAAAGUUGCUCAUGUUGUUGCAAAAUUUGCUUUGUCUUUGGUUAAUGAGUCAGUUUGGAUGGAGGAGGGACAAGAUGUUGUCCUUCCUAGUAUUGCUUUUGAUAAAUCUUGGAGUUAUGAAAUGA